CGCUGGCCUUCGCGUCCGCCGUCCGCCGUCCGCCAUUAACGAGUUCAUUGAAGAAAUCAAAGACUUAACGAAAAUGGAAAAAUUAGGAGGGAAACUCAAGGUGUUGCUUUCCAUCGUCUCAGUCUCGGCACUCUCAAUCUUAAUCAUAGCAGAGUAUCGAAGACGUCGGACAUUGAAGUGCUCCCGAAGUUCAUGUUAUUUACAAGCUGACCACAAGCCACAGUGCUCGUUCAAGCGUGUUUUAGCUGAUAAUGCAUAUUCUUUAUUCAAGCAUUUCAAGAUCACAACUGAUUCCGCCAAUGCAGAAAAAAGUUUGAAUAUGCAUCCAUAUGAGGCUGAGAUAACCAGCUUACUGGAAAAUCCAAGGCUUGAAGGAUUAGAGUUAGUUGGUGAGAAGAUUAAUAUGAAGAUGAAUGAGUCAUACAUUUGGGUUGAGACUGAGUUGCAAUUGAUGGAGCUUGUGACCAUAUUGAGUAAAGAGAGAGCCUUUGCUGUUGAUACUGAGCAGCACAGCUUGCGGUCCUUUCUAGGCUUUACAGCUUUGGUUCAGGUGUCUACUCUGCAAGAAGAUUAUUUGAUAGACACUAUUGCUCUUCAUGAUUUCAUGGGACAUCUUCGCCCGGUCUUUGCUAAUCCUAGCAUUUGUAAGGUGUUUCAUGGUGCAGAUAAUGAUGUUCUUUGGCUACAAAGAGACUUCCACAUAUAUGUUGUUAAUUUAUUUGAUACAGCCAAGGCAUGUGAGGUGUUGUCGAAACCACAAAAGUCACUAGCCUACCUACUAGAGUCAUACUGUGGUGUGACUACAAACAAAUUGUUACAGCGUGAAGACUGGAGACAACGUCCAUUGUCAAUGGAAAUGGUGCAAUAUGCUCGAACUGACGCACACUAUCUAUUAUACAUUGUGAAUUGUCUAAUUGCUGAACUGGAACUACAGAAAAAUGAAAAAUCUUCCCCCGAUGACAAAUUCCAUUUUGUUCUCGAGGCUAGUCGACGUUCAAACACAAUGUGUUUGCAACUAUACUCAAAAGAAAUUGAAGCAUCUCCUGGAGAAUCUGCUGCUUUGUCAAUAUUUUCCCGUCGUCUGAAUGGUCGAGGCAACUCAUCAAUUUCUGGUGGAUUUCAGGAUGUGGUAAGGCGAUUGUGUGCAUGGAGAGAUUUAAUGGCCCGUGUACAUGAUGAGAGCUUGAGAUAUGUAUUAUCGGAUCAAGCUAUAAUUGCUCUAGCGGACAAUGUUCCUACUACUUCAAAGGAUACAUGUAGGGCUAUUGCUGAAGCUGAUUAUAUUGCAGAUUCGAGUUUCACCUCUGUCUACUCAUCUCCGUCUCCUGUUGUUUACAGUCACUUAGAUGAUCUUUGUUAUCUACUCCAAGAUAAGAUGGCCUACUCUGACAUUUUUACAACAAUUCUUCAAAAGUGUUUAGGCUCAAAUGGGAGUUGUCCUCUAUCAAUAUUCAAUUAUGCCUUGCUGGUUAGUUGUAAUUUGAAAUUGCCAUUAGUUUCCAAACAAAAAGUGGUUAAAAAUCCAAAGCAAUUUACUAAGAAGGCUUCUCGAGCAUUGUUUGUUCAAAAGUUUUCCUGCAAAGCUCCAGUUUAUCAUAAUUGCAGGAUUUAUGCAAAUGAUGGUCGGCUGCUUUGUUACUGUGAUCAGAAGAAGCUUGAAUGGUAUCUUCGUCGGGAUUUAGCAAAAGUUGUUGAUGAAAAUCCUCCUGCCAUUAUGCUUCUUUUUGAACCCAAAGGUCGUCCAGAAGAUGAAGAUAAUGAUUUCUAUAUACAAAGCAAAAAGAACAUAUGUGUAGGUUGUGGUGAAAGAAAUCAUUAUUUACGUUACCGUAUAAUUCCCUCAUGUUACAGAAUGCAUUUUCCUGAGCAUCUGAAAAGCCACCGUUCUCAUGAUAUUGUCCUACUUUGUGUGGACUGCCAUGAAGUUGCCCAUGCAACUGCUGAAAAGUAUAAAAAAGUAGUUGCUAAAGAAUAUGGAGUUCCACUUUUUGUCCGAAAAGUGGUUGAUUUAGAAGAAAAACAACUUAAAUCCGAGUCAUCUGAUUUAGCAAAACCAUUGGAGGAGGCUGGUGUGUCUCCCUUACAGUUGCGAACAGCUGCAAUGGCUCUAUUACGGCAUGGACCGAGGAUGCCAUCUGAGCGCCGUGAAGAACUGACAGAGAUUGUUAUGAAAUAUUAUGGAGGAAGGGAGAUUUCUCUGGAAGAUUUGGAGAAAGCUUUAUUGGUUGGCAUGAAUCCUUAUGAGAGAAGACGACUUAAUAAAAAAAAAGGAUUUUCUUUUAACCAUGCCAAAGACAGUUCCUUAACAGAUAUAGAGCAAGAAAAUAGCUCCAGUAGCCUGACAACACCUACAAUACCUGAUGCAACAGCAGUUAAUGUUUCAAAUGUCCCCGAUACUAAAGAAGAAUCUGAUUUUUCCAUGGUAAAGGAUGUUGAUAUACACCACAACUCUUCAUACUCUGAUUUGGGAACUGAUGGAAAUUCGCCAGCCAUUGUUGAGAAGAGCUCAAACUCAAAUGCAUACAGAACUUCUGAUGCAAGCAAUGUCAGUAGUGUAAAGGACGAUGGUGAUUGUGUGAAUAAAAGUACAUCAAGUGGAAAAGUUGACGACUGUUCUACAAGAAGUGAUGGAAUUGUGCGUUCUAAACAUAACUCAAAGUUGUCUCUAUUAGGACAUGGACCUCAUGGGAAACAAGUUGUAGAUUAUAUACUAGAAAAUGAGGGUGAUGAAGGUAUUGGUCAGUUUUGUCAAAAAUGGAGACAAGUAUUUGUGGAAGCUGUUCACCCUCGUUUCUUACCUGCUGGCUGGGAUAUUAUGCACAGGGUUUAAUUAUGGGGCCUGCUUUUGUCAGUGGUAGGAGGGGAUUCGGAGAGUUCAGCGUCUACAACCCUUCCAACACAGCAUCUGACAGUACCAAGACUAGAUGAACUCAGAUGGAAUGGAGCUAAACCUGUAGUAAAACUUCUGUUUUCAUGACCAAACAUAGAAAUAUGAACAACAGCUUGUUUUUGCUUUUCAUUCUCAUUUUUAUUUUCCAAUAUGAAAAAGGAGAAACUCCAGUCUUGAGCUACAGUUUAUCAUGUUUGACAAUCUCCUACCGGUGAGAUUUCUUUCAUGAUCGUGAACACAUGUUUUAUCAGUUCGUACCAAAUUUCUCGUCAUUUGACUGGUGACCACCUUAGUUCCUCGCUAUUUUCAACGAACAAGAAACAUGUACAACUGACAUUUAUAUUUUUCUUCUUCAGUGUUGUAUAUUUCAACUAGUUGUGCAGUUAAAAGAAUUUAUAAAGCUAUGCCUAGGGAGCACCAAUUUUCUAAA